AAUAAAUAUAUUAUGAAGUAUAAUGGAGUGGCCAAACGAUAAAGCUUUAUUAUUCAUUAAUGAAAUUGAAAGCUUACCGAUUUUAUGGGAUUCUUCAGAUCCAUAUUAUAAAAUUAGUAGGAAAAAAAAUGAGACGUGGGAAAAUCUUGCCAACAAAUUCUGUACAACAAUACUAGAUGUUAAAAAGAAAUGGCUUUCGUUACAGGCGUCAUACAGAAGAGAGAGAAUUAAGAUGAUUGAUUCUGCAAAGGGAACUGAGAAAAAAGUAUUAUCAAAAUGGUUUGCAUAUCGUGCAAUGACGUUCUUGGGAGAUCAUUAUAAACCAAGAGGAAUUAGAGAUACUUCUGAGACUUCUGAAACAUGUCAACAAGAAGAAAGUAGUGACCUUAAGGAUCAAGAAGGUAUUAAUGAAACAGAUAUAACAUGUCCGAAAAUAGAAGCUACAUUACACGAACCAGAGAGAAGUGUACGGUUGUGUAAUACCUCGUUGCGAAGAAAACAUUUGAAAAUGUUUUAUUCUCCAGAAUUAAGUAAUCCAAAGAAAAGAAAGAUUAAUGAAGAUAAUUCAAGUGAAAUGUAUAUUUUAAAAGCUACUGUUGCAGAAAAAGAAUGUCAACGAGAUGAAAAUGAGACUUAUGGUGAAUACGUGGCACUGACACUGAAGAAAUUAGAUAAUUAUUCACGUAUAAUGGCUAAACAUUACAUUAAUGAGAUUCUUAUAGAAGCAGAAUUAGGAAAAUACAAAGAUUCGAUUCCUCAAAGAUCGCCUAUACCCACGACCUAUUCUGCUAUUUCACCAUCGCUUUCUGUAUAUUCCUACCAAUCCGGAGGUUCCAAUAACGUAGUUUCUUCUGAACCGAAUCUGUGAUCAUCGGAUGAACUAGUAGCAUUAAAAAAUUAUUUCUUUUU